CCCGCUCCCGGCACCACCUCCGCCUCCGCCGCCAUCUUGGCCCCGCGCGUCCCGGCGACGCGCUGACGUCACUUCCGCCGCCUUCCUCUUCCCAGGCCGGGGUCAGCGCAGCGCGGAGGCCGCAGCCAUGUCGCUGGUGAUCCCCGAGAAGUUCCAGCACAUCCUGCGGGUGCUCAACACCAACAUCGACGGGCGCCGCAAGAUCGCCUUCGCCAUCACCGCCAUCAAGGGCGUGGGGCGCCGCUACGCCCACGUGGUGCUGCGCAAGGCCGACAUCGACCUCACCAAGAGGGCGGGAGAGCUCACCGAGGACGAGGUAGAACGGGUGAUCACCAUCAUGCAGAACCCUCGGCAGUACAAGAUCCCCGACUGGUUCCUCAACCGGCAGAAGGACGUCAAGGACGGCAAAUACUCCCAGGUGUUGGCCAACGGGCUGGACAACAAACUGCGGGAGGACCUGGAGAGGCUCAAGAAGAUCCGGGCACACCGAGGGCUCAGGCACUUCUGGGGGUGAGAAAAGUUACCUGGGACACGCCUGGGAGACACCUGGGAG